AUGGCACGUGAGAUUAUAUCAAUUCAUAUUGGUCAGGCUGGUGUACAGCUUGGUAACGCAUGUUGGGAGCUCUAUUGUAUGGAGCACGGCAUUGGUAAGGACGGUGUGGUCUCGGAAGCCUCACACAAGAAGGCUAGAGCCGAUGUUGAGACCAAGGGCAAGAACACCGCCUCGUACAACACCUUCUUCACCGAGGGCUCAAACACCAACAAGGUGGUGCCCCGCGCUAUCUUUGUCGAUCUCGAGCCAACCGUUAUUGACGAGGUGCGCACUGGCGCAUUCCGCAACCUCUUCCAUCCAGACCAGCUCAUCACCGGCAAGGAGGAUGCCGCCAACAACUACGCUCGUGGUCACUACACCGUCGGCAAGGAGAUGAUCGACAAGACUAUGGACCGUGUCGACAAGAUGGUCGACGAGUGCGACGGACUCCAGGGCUUCAUGGUGUUCCACUCUGUCGGUGGUGGCACUGGAUCCGGUUUCGGCUCGCUCCUCCUCCAGCAGCUGUCCACCAAGUAUGGCAAGAAGUCCAAGCUCGACUUCUGCAUCUACCCAUCGCCACAGGUCUCCACCGCCGUCGUAGAGCCAUACAACUCUGUGCUCUCCACCCACUCGCUGCUUGAGCAUACCGACGUUGCCUUCAUGCUCGACAAUGAGGCCAUCUACGACAUUUGCCGUCGCUCAUUGAACAUCGAUCGUCCAUCCUACACCAACCUCAACCGUCUGAUUGCUCAGGUCAUCUCAUCGCUGACUGCCUCACUUAGAUUCGAGGGAUCUCUGAACGUUGACAUCAACGAGUUCCAGACCAACUUGGUGCCAUUCCCAAGAAUCCAUUUCUUGCUCUGCUCCUACGCCCCAGUCAUCGGCAAGGAGAAGGCUGCCCACGAGCAGUUCUCUGUCAACGCUCUCACCAACGCCGUGUUUGACCAAUCCAACAUGAUGGCCAAGUGUGAUCCAAAGCUUGGCAAGUACAUGGCUUGCUGCCUCAUGUACCGUGGAAACGUUGUCCCCAACGAUGCCCAGAAGGCCGUCUCUGACCUCAAGACCAAGAGAACCGUCUCCUUUGUCGACUGGUCCCCAUCUGGAUUCAAGUGUGGAAUCAACCACGAGGCCCCAACCGUCAUCCCAGACGGAGAUCUGGCCAAGGUCGAGAGAGCCGUCUGCAUGCUUUCCAACACCACCGCCAUCUCUCAAGUGUUCUCCCGCAUCAACACCAAGUUCGACCUCAUGUACACCAAGCGUGCCUUCGUUCACUGGUACGUCGGAGAAGGUAUGGAGGAGGGUGAGUUCGCUGAGGCUCGUGAGGAUCUCAUGGCCCUUGAGAAGGACUACCAAGAGGUUGCCAACGACGACCAAGAGGAGGAGGUUGAGGAGAUGUAA